AUGCGUAUACUAACCGUAAGCAAGAAGAGGUCCCAGGGAGUGCAACUCCUGGUUGAAGAAUACGAGGAGAAAGUGAGACACUACUGCAGUCUGGAUAUUCUCCAGAUUAAAUCCAAUCCGAAGAAUACUCGGUAUUUGGGUCCCUUUUCUGGCAUGCAGGGAGAUUUUGAACUGAUACCUGUUAUAAGCUCGAAAAUUUUACCUACUGCGGUCUCGUCGUCCAUUCUGUAUCAUUCGUCUAUUAGAUUCAACACAAUUCAAAGCCCAAUUUGCAUAGUAUUCAUUUUUAUUGAUGCAUAUUAAACCACAUGCCAUCGUUUGUCUUACUUUUGCUGUGCUUGUAUCUCGAGCAGUGAUGUGAAAGCCCAGAUUGAGGGAGAAGACAUUCUUGUCAUGCAGAAUAUCAGGCCUGAAGAUCUGGUACAAUGUCAACUUUGAUAUAUAUACUCUUAUCAUCUUGAAAGUUCAUCUGGCGUACUUUGGUGACGAUUGUAAAAAGGCUGCAGUUAUGUAGCUUCUUUCCCUUCCCAGUUAUGAUUGAAAUAUUUUUUUUUGCUGCUUAAAUGAUAUCACUUUGGAUCACCUUGUCACCCUCUUUUGUACAAAUUUUAACACCAUAUAUUUUUUUAAUCCUUAGCAUCUUUUGUUUUUCUGAUUUUUUAUCGGAGCAGACUGCUGAGCUCAUGGUUAUUCAUUUACACAGGUGAUCAUGCUAGAUGAGAAAGGAAGGGAUAUUGGGUCGGCAGAAAUGGCUGAGUUGGUCAGAGAUGCUGGGGAAACAGUACGCUCUCGAUUCCCAUUUUCUCAAUCCUACGAUCUGGCCGAUUAAAACAUGUUCUUGGUGAUGCCGACGUGAAUAAUAGAAAUACCGUGUGCCGUUUCCAUCAAUAAACUCGACUGUUAGAACUCUGCCUCCCAUAAUGUAGCACAGGAGUUUCUUUCACGGACUCAGUCAUGACCAGUUAGGGAUGCUUCCUGCUCAGACGUUCUGACCCCUUCUCAAGUACACACGGUUGAUCAGUGGUUAACUCAUGGUGCGUUUUCAGUCUUUACAUAUCAUAAGAAGACAGGCUCUCAUCAUGAGUAUAAGCCCAUGGAACUUUUUGUGGGUUUUUAUCCUGGGCCUCUCUCUCUCUCUCUCUCUCUCUCUCUCUCUCUCUCUCUCUCUCUCUCUUACAUUUAUUAUGGGUUUCGGUUCUAGUUUGGGCAAUCACUUCUGCAUUGAGAAUUCAUAAUUUUAAAAUUCAUUUGUUGGGUUUCUCUCUCUCUCUCUCUCUCUCUCUCUUACUUACAUUUAUUAUGGGUUUUGGGUCUAGUUUGGGCGAUCACUUUUACAACGAGAAUUCAUAAUUUUAAAAUUCACUUAUUGGGUUUCUCUCUCUCUCUCUCUCUCUCUCUCUCUCUCUCUCUCUCUUGGGUAUGAGGGGGGGGGGGGGGAUUGGAUGUAGGUAUGACUUUUGUACAACCCCGAGGUGGACAGUGAUCGGUUGAGACAGCCAAUAAGUCACAAUCGAUCAUGUUCUAAAAAAUACUAAUAAUUCUUUUUAAAAAUAUAAAAAUCCUUCAUUUCUGGAGAAAAUAACAUUUUGGCUUAUCGGCAGAAAUAAUUCUAGCGACUUAAACGCCGCCGCAGUGUCCACGUCGCGCGUUGAAAACCUGCCAAAUUAGAGCUGUACUUUUUUCUUCAAACUGUGCUGCAUGGAUUCCAUCGUCUCACAUACAACAUCUUAGCAUGCUGAUUAGUUAAUGCUUCGGGGUGGCCCCUUUCUAGGGAUCAUCGAGGCUUGUGUUCUGCAUCGGCGGGCCGUACGGGCACGGAUCACAGCUGCGGGCGCGCGCCAAUGUGGCUAUCAGAUUGUCCUCCAUGGUUCUGAAUCACCAAAUCGCACUACUCGUGCUGCUGGAGCAGCUCUACAGGUGAUCCGUCCUCUCCCUCUCUCUCUGUCUCUCUGUCUCUCUCAUGAUCCCGUGCCCUUCUUCUGUUCUGAUGUUGGGUUUUUUCUUCUGAUAUUUCAGAGCGUGGACUAUUCUGAAAGGGCAAAAAUAUCAUCACUAG